AUGGCGUCGCCCGCUGAAAACAAUUCCCUGAUUCCUGAGAUCAUUUGGCCCGACAAUAUUCCGGACGCUCCAGAGUUCCAGGAAGAAGAUGAAACUCCCGUGGUUCCAGAGAGUAUUGAGCCUGAUGAUAGAUACUGGACGGAGGUAUUGGUUGAACAAGAUCGACGACUUUUUGAGAUCAGAGCGAAGAAUGCAAAACUCUACUCUGGAUAUCUCUAUAGCCAUCUUCCUAAUUCAGUUAUCGACUGGGAACUUAGUGGAUUAAAGAGACCGUGUCGUGUCAAAGGCCUGUCCUACUAUGGCAAGCCUAUGGGAUCGAUCAGAGAGCUCGAAAAUCACCUGAAGUCAGCGAAACAUCUAAAACAUGACGCAUCCCUUGCUCAACUACGACUUGCUCCCAAGCAAACGGCAGAUCACGAUGGAGCGCAGGAAUUAGCUGAAGGUCAAAAUGAAGACUACUACAGUCAUUUGCCAAACUCAGAAGUAGACUGGGAAACGGAUGGCCCCCCUAAUAUGUGUCGUGUCGUUGGCUUGUCCUGCUAUCGCCAAACAUUUCACCGUUUGAAAAGACACUUGAACAACCGAAAACAUUUGCUACAUGAGGUAUCUCUUGCUCAGCGAUUAUUUGCUUCUGAGCAAACAACAGAUCGCCAGAUCUUGCUACCACCACCACCAAAGAAGCCGAAGCUUGCACAUACUAUAAGUAUCGAGGAGCUGAUGGGUGACAACUUGGUGUUGGAGGACCAGCCUUUCAAUGAGGCUUUGAAGUUGCCAAGUUCUUUUAGCUACCCUCCUUGGCUGGUCAUUCCAGACUCCCAAGAUUCUGAGGAUGAGAAGAUGACACCAUCACCCGCAGCUGAGCCUCGGCUCAAGCAUACUAUUGAGAAGACAACUGGAGAUGAUCUUGUAAUGGAGGACAAACCUUUUGCAGAGGCUUCAAAGAUGCCACUAUCUUUUUAUUACCCACCAUGGGGGACUGUCCAGGACUCGGAUGAGGACUCAGAGAAUGAGCCGUUUGUGUGUGCCAGUCAUGAGGCUGUCGGAAUGAGCAUGGAAUGA